GAAUUGGAGCUGGAACCACAAGUUUAGUGUUCAGUCAUGACGUCACUGCUCCACAUUGAGCUAGCAGAGUAGUAGUGGGAGAGAUAGAUAGAGGCGCGCCGUAGUAAAGUACACACUGCCAUGAACUUCUGUCGGUAACUUAAUUGUUGUUGCUGCAGUCAGGAGGGGAAGCUAUAAACAGUAGAUAUUGCGGUAUCCCGUUUUCAGAAAAUAAAGAAACAUCAACGCUUGGGAGAAGAUUUUUGUACACUUUCGCGAGAGCGAUGUCGUCCGCAGCAGUUGCUGCUUCGAGAAGGCAGUCUUGUUAUUUAUGUGACUUGCCCCGCAUGCCAUGGGCUAUGAUCUGGGAUUUUACCGAGCCCGUCUGCAGGGGAUGUGUUAACUACGAAGGAGCCGACCGUAUCGACUUUGUGAUUGAGACCGCUCGGCAGCUGAAGCGGGCUCAUGGCUUCCAGGAGGGGAGAUCUCCGGGGCCAGGGAAACCUCAGCUCUCCGGGAAAGAGAUUCAGUCCAUCAACCACACGGCUGGAGAUCCCGGCUCGCGGCCGCCACAGCCCCUGGAUCGCUAUCCGCUCACCUCUGAUCGGCCGCCCAGACUGGGUCCAGAGUAUCAGUCAGGGCGACAGGCUAACGGCAUUCCUGUCCCAAAUGGAUUCCCUAAACCAGACGAUCCACCAGAGCUGAACCGGCAGAGUCCCAACCCUCGCAGGACUAGCACGGUACCCCCGAAUUUGGUGCCUUUGGCUAACGGUAGCAUGCCCCCUGUACACGCGGUCAAUGGCAGACCUGGACAAAUGGUACUCCCUUCAGCAUUAACGACGUCGAGCCCGAGCGAGCUCAGCGGCAAGCGACCAGCCUCCGUCUCCAGCACGGAGCACGAGAGGGAAGUGAAAGAGAAGCACAGACCAGACAGCUUGACGCCGGAGAUCAGCGACAGCCACAAGAACAGGACAGAUGAAUGGAUGAGCAAGGGCAAAACAGUCAGGGACUUGAUGGCUCUCCACACUUUAGAUAACAGGUUCAAGAAGGACCACGCCGCCAUGCAGCAGAGAGUGCUGGGAUAUGAAAUGAGCCCAUCGGUUUCAAAAACAGACAGAGGAAAGCACCCUCGGAAUAUGAAGAGGAAAGCUUCACCGGAGCCUGAAGGAGAGGGUACGGCUGCAAAGCUCAACGGAGAAGUUCAACAGUGGCUCCCACCUCCCGCAGAGGUCCUGAAAAUGUCCACCGCGCAGCCCCCGAGCUUCGCUUCUCCGCCUUCCACAAUAUCCCCUCAUUCCCGCACUACUCCCCCCGAGGCUGCGCAGAACGGCCACUCUCCCAUGGCGGCGCUUAUUUUGGCAGCGGACAACGCUGGGGGAAACAGCUCGCCUAAGGAUGCCAACCAGGUGCACUCCACCACCCGGAGGAACAGCAGCAGCCCUCUCUCGCCGUCCUCCAUGAACCAAAGGAGACUGCCUCAGAGGGACGUGGCUAGCGCAGGAACACCGCACGUGCCAGGCAUGGAUCAAGUGCACCCUCAAAGCAUUCCAGACUCUUCUGUACCCAGCAGCAUACCCUUGUGCUGCACUCUCUGCCACGAACGUUUAGAGGACACGCAUUUCGUCCAGUGCCCGUCAGUUCCUUCACACAAGUUCUGUUUCCCUUGCUCCAGGGAAAGCAUCAAACAACAAGGUGCUACUGGUGAAGUGUAUUGUCCGAGCGGAGAGAAAUGUCCCUUAGUGGGCUCAAACGUACCAUGGGCUUUCAUGCAAGGUGAAAUAGCCACCAUACUUGCAGGAGAUGUGAAAGUAAAAAAGGAGAGGGACCCUUGAUUUUAUUAUGAUUUUUGAAAAAAAAAAAAAGAUAUUAUAUAUAUAAAUAUAAACCACAUGCAUACCAUCCAAACAAAACUAACGGACUUGUACAUAUUGGACACAAGGGAAGUGUAUACUUCGUAAACUUGGCUGUAUAAUUUUUGAUUUUUGAAUACAUUGUGUUUCUAUAUUUUUGAAGAUAAAGGUAUGUACUCAUUAUAUUGGACAACUUUUCCUCCUUUUAUUGAUGUUAAAGCGAUUUCUUGUUGUAUUUUUAGGUCUGGUGACAGUUCCCGUGAAACGUAGAAUGUGACUAAUGCUACUCUACAAGCACUUAGCAAAACUGAAAUGCUUCUAGCUGUACUUGUAUGCACUUGUUUAAAAUUGCCAAAUACAAUU